UAGGGCUGUUAAAUCAGCCCAGGCGCUCUGAUUGUGUCAGCCAGCCAGCAGCAGCGAGAUACUUGAAGGUGCUCGGCAGACUUCAUUUCAUUUACUUUAUUGAUCUAUAUUGUUUUUUUUAUAGUUUUCAUAACCAUCUAUAAGCCCAUAAACUAUGACUGAACAGUCAGUGCUACUCUUGAGGAAACAGCUGGCAGAACUCAACAAGAACCCAGUGGAAGGGUUUUCUGCUGGGCUGAUAGAUGACGAUGACAUCUAUAAAUGGGAGGUCGUCAUUAUUGGACCACAAGACACGCUGUUUGAAGGCGGAUUUUUCAAGGCUUACCUGACCUUUCCCUAUGACUACCCUUUACGGCCGCCUAAGAUGAAGUUCAUCACUGAACUCUGGCAUCCGAACGUUGCUAAAAAUGGUGAUGUCUGCAUCUCAAUCUUACAUGAGCCCGGCGAGGACAAGUUUGGGUAUGAGAAGCCAGAAGAGCGCUGGCUGCCCAUCCACACCGUGGAGACCAUCAUGAUCAGUGUGAUCUCCAUGCUGGCCGACCCCAACAGUGACUCGCCCGCCAACGUCGACGCAGGCGUGCUGUCACUUCAGAGCGACGCAUCCCAUAUUGAAAUUCGCUUUGCUGUUGCAGAAAGAGUGGCGGGAGGACCCGAAUGGCGAAUUCAAGAGGAAGGUGGCGAGGUGCGUACGGAAAAGUCAGGAAAUGGCCUUUGACUAGUCUUCAGCUCUCGCCUCUAGAAUCUAGGGGGUUUGUAAGAAGGACUGAAUGAAGUACUUUGCUCUUCCACUGAGGCUGGGUUAUGUAUUUUACACCCUGUUUUUGCUGAUCAUCAGGAAUGUGCUGCAGCCACUUGAAAGGCUUGUGCUCCUGAAGAUACCUAAUACAAAAAAAUACAAAUUUGAAAAAGUUAAAUAACUUUAGUUUACUACCUGGAAUUGUACAUUUAUUUAUUUUGAAUAUUCUAACCAAUGUAAGAUAUGUCACUACUGUAAAUGACUUGCUUUUAUAAAUGCUGCAGAUUGUUUCUACUUCACGCCAGGUUUCUUAUGCAAUUUGAGGUUUCUUUUUUAGUUUUCUUUCCAGCGAGACAGAUUAAGGGACACCUGUAUUUUUCCACCCUAGUACAUGAUCCAGUCAAGUCCUGAUCCAGUUCUAGUUAUCGUUCUGCUGCCAGUUUAAAACACAUGCAAUUGCUUGUGCCUUUCACCCCUGUUGACAGUGAUAUGGCAGGUGUUUCUGUAUUUUAAAAUGUGGAAGUGUUGCUUUUGAAGAAUGUAUUCGGUCCAAUCCCUGAUAAUGUCGUAGAAAGGUAUUGUUAAUAUCAUUGAUAACAGCAUGUGUAUUGUAUACCACUCUGUUAGUAUAGUUAGGGCUUUCAGUGUUUUACACUGACUUUGCUACUCCUUUUUAAAAAUGCAAUUGAUCCCUAUUAAGCCAUUCAUGUAUUUCCAUCACAACUAAGAAACAUGUUAAUAGUAAAAAUGAUUUCAUUUACAGGUUGUUUUCUAUGAAGUCUUUUUCAUGUCAAAGCAGAAGUGACUCAUCUGUAUUAAUGUAAAUGCAGUUAGUUACACCCAGUAUCAAAUACUACUUUGCAUUAUAGCAAUAAUGAAGAUUAGUCGCUUAUUAACAUGUUGUGUUUAUAUGUUCUGCUUUGCUGAGAUGAUUUUUAAAAGCCCAUUUCGUUUCACAGAAAAAUGUAAAUUAAAUCAAUUUUUCUAUGCACAUGUUUUUCAGUUGUGAUUGAGCUGCACCAGUGGCUUAACAGGUAUCAAUUUAAUUCUUCAAAGUAUAAAAAGGUCAGUGUAAAACACAGUCAGGAGCCCUAAUUAUAGUGUAAUAUAUCACAUAGUCCUCUGUUGACUUUGGCUGACAGAAAAGUUUUUUUUUGUCAUGGACAAGGGGUGACUGUGACUAAGUGGUUUCAGUGUCUUUCUUUCAUAGAAUAUUCACAUAUCAAAUGUUAUCAAGCAAUAGUCCCAUAACCCCUACACACCCUUUAUUUUGUCAGUUUGUUCUAGAUGUUUUUUUUUUUAUGCAAAUAAUUUAAUGUUAGGUCAAUUUUAUUGUGUUAAAUUGUUACCCCAGUUCCUUUACCUUGUUAAGUUUUUGUUUGGUUUGUUUCUCUCUGUAAAUUAUUUAAUCUGAGCCCAAUAAAAAUGUAAAACAUUUAAUAAUGCUGUCUGGACUGAAUUCAGUUCAAUUCAUUUGUUUUAUUCAUGUAUAUGGGCACAGAGUUAAACCUGUGUUAAAUGUAUCGCCUUUCCUAAAUCACAAAUCCACUGUGCUUCUCCACACUUGCUGUUUGAUUGUGAUGUACAGCCUGUUUAAACACACUGACUGACUCAGUGGUGUCCCAGAUACUUCCUCCCUGUUGAGAGUGAUAUUCAUUUGACAUCAGUUUUGUAUUCAUGCAUGGCCCUGAAUCCUUCCAUGCGGUGUGGGUGUAUUACAGAUUUCACUUAAGCACCCCACCAUUUAUUUUUAUGAACUGUGUUUGCAAACAAUUGCAUUUAGAGGUGCCAUUUCCCCUCUUGCACUUCAACUUUUCUAAUUCAUUUAUUCACAAACAUGCCUGACUAUUUCCUUGUUUUAGAAGGACUGGAACUGUGUAAAUGAAAUGUAUUAUUGAAAUUACAUUUUAGUACAACAUGCAAAUAAAUAAUGUUAUACAUGACUUUAAAAGCAGGAUUGUAGUUUAACAAAUUUGAAG